ACACACACACCUCACAUGGCGCUGGAUAUGAACAGGAUCAUGUUUAGGAUCUGCAGCUUUCUGUGCGUCUGCGUUCUGCUCCUCACAUCCAGCGUGCGCGCGCAGACACACCAGCGACAGUCAUUUCCAUGUGGUGGCAACAUAACAGGAGAUUCGGGAGUCAUCGGUAGUCAGGGUUACCCGGGAGUAUAUCCUCCAAACACCAAGUGUGUAUGGAAGAUCACAGUUGCACAAGGCAAAGUGGUCGUCCUCAACUUCCGCUUCCUCGAUCUGGAAAGUGACAACCUGUGCCGCUAUGAUCACGUGGAUGUUUACAGCGGGCAUGUCAGUGGGCAGCGCCUGGGCCGAUUCUGUGGAACCUUUAGGCCCGGUGCCCUCAUCUCCACGGGAAACAAGAUGCUCAUUCAGAUGGUGUCAGAUGCCAACACGGCCGGCAGUGGAUUCCUGGCAGUGUUCUCCGCAGCUAACCCUCAUGAACGAGGAGAUCAGUAUUGCGGUGGACGAUUGGUGAAGCCAUCAGGAACCUUUAAGACCCCCAACUGGCCAGAUAAAGACUAUCCAGCAGGAGUCACGUGCUCAUGGCAUAUAGUGGCACCGAAAAACCAGAUCAUAGAGGUAAAAUUUGAGAAGUUUGACGUGGAAAGAGACAACUACUGCCGCUACGACUACGUCGCUAUCUUUAACGGAGGAGAAAUCAACGAUGCUAAGAGGAUUGGGAAAUACUGUGGAGACAGCCCUCCAGCACCGGUGUUUUCUGAGGGUAAUCAGCUUCUCAUCCAGUUUCUCUCGGACCUCAGCUUAACAGCAGACGGCUUUAUCGGCCACUAUAAAUUCAGGAACAAGAAGAUCCCAAUAACAACCAUCGCCCCAACCACAACCGCUCAGCCCACCACAGUCAGACUCAUACCUUUGAAAUAUUCAGCGACACUCUGUCAGCAGAAAUGCAAACGAAAAGGAAGUCCAGAGACUCAUUACUGCUCCAGCAACUUUGCCAUCACAGGGACGAUUAUCACAGCAGUGCCACGUGGAGGAAGCAUGCACACCACAGUCUCCAUCAUCAACAUUUAUAAAGAAGGAAACCUCGCCAUCCAACAGGCUGGAAAAAGCAUGAGCACUAAAAUCGUUAUCCUGUGCAAGAAAUGUCCUUCUGUCAAAAGAGGCUUGAACUACAUCUUCAUGGGCCAGACGGACGAAGAGGGCCGCGGGAUGAUCUCUCCGCAGCACUUCGUCAUGGCCUUCAAGUCCAAGAACCAGCGAGCGUUCAACGUCCUAAAGAACAAGCGGUGCUGAUCUCACUCCUUCCUCCAGCUGAAUUUGUCUGAAAGUGAUUUCCUUCAUUAGGAUUUUUUUUUUUUUAAAUCAGGACC